AUGCCAUUCUGUUUUCCCGGGUUGCAAAACGUUAACAAUAUACAAGGACCUCUGGAAUGGUUGGUUCUUCCUCUUGAGUUAUUUAUUUGAUAGGAGCGACUUCAACCUUCUCGCCUGUGCUUCGGAAAACACGCUGGUUGUGAUUGAUACAGAGAAAUUAGCUUUAAUACAGACACUCACAAAGAACAAAAACAAUAUCACUCAAGUAAGUUGAGGUUUUAAAAGAUCAAGGUUUAGUUGAGUUGGCAGCCGGCUGCGGAAUGUCAGAGCAAUUCCAUCUACUGCGCUACCGCCGAUUGUUCUGGCAGUAUUGUAAUAUGGGACAUUGUGCACGGGAAAGUGGUGCACGAGUUCUCUUCUCAAAAUGUGUUCACAGGACUGAAAUGGCUGUCUUUGGAGGAUGAACAACAUAAGUUUUGUUACCUAAUUUCACUGUCAACAAGGUCUACAGUCACUUUGUACGAUUCUCUAAGCGGAUUUGUUUUAUGGACUUUCAAAAGUGGUCUAACGCUGAAUCAGAUGGAUUUUAACCCCUUUAAAUACAACGAAAUUGCGUGUAUGUUACCUUCUUUGUGUUGUUUUGUGUUUAGAAGUGGCAAUCUUAUUAAGAUUUUUGUAAAAUUAUUGAAUUUGUUAUAUUUUUAGUUGUAAUCGACAAUGUAUCACUCAAAUUUACUUACAAUUUCAACACGAAACAGCCCUUUCACUUGGACAAUCUAACUACAACAAUAAAAUUACCAGAAAGUCACAAAACUCCACAUAUCAGACAGAUCGAGUACAACAAGGCUUAUCCUAAUCGACUUUUUCUACUUUUGGCCGACAGGGUAAGCAAAUUUAUUGGAUAUUUACUUUAUUUUUAUUUAUACAUCCUUGUUGUCUCUGUUACAUUGUUGGUUUUAAAAUGACAUUUUAGGUUGUUAUUAUGCAUACUGAGACAAAGGUUUUCAUAUACAGUUGCUUGUUUGACAACCUGGGAGCUGUGACCAAGGUAAUAACUAUAAACUUUUUUUCCCCUUUUUAUGUAACAAGUAGUACCUUUUUCGGCUUUUAUAAGGAGAAUAUUGUAAUUAAUGUAAAGCUUAAUAAUUAUUAUAAUAAUGUUGUUUUAGAUAUUUCCUUGUUCCAUGAGGGACGCCUUUUACUCACUGAGAAGUUCAGGGGUCGUCAAUCUGAAUGUAGGGAAUGUUAUAAACGUGGACGAUGGUGCGAAGUCAGUUAUGAACUACGAUAACGUGGUGAAUUCCGAAACCCAACGGAUGUCGAAUAAGAUCAUAGUAAAGGCUUCUGCUUUGUGUCCGUUGACUGAGUCGAAAGUGGCUGUGCUCUUGUCUAAUGGUCGAUUAGUUGUUCAUCAGUUGUGGUCGGAAGAGGAGAAAGACAGUUUGGUCGACUUUGUCAAACUGACAGAUGACUUGGUCAAUGUGCUUGCUCCAAAUUUAAGGUAAUGUCAAUUUCUAGUUUUGGGCUAUAACUUAGAAUGUCAGUUUUAGGUAACACAUUUUAGCAAAUUCUUUUUCAGAUUUUCUCAACGUGCUUACUUGGACAGUCUUGGAGUUGGCUGUACUCACGUUAGGGUACGACCGAUGAAUGCGACCAAGAAUUUGCCAGAUGACCUGGAUUCAGGGCUUCUGGCAGCUGUCGGAUCGACCACAGGAGCAGCGUACCUUGUGGAUGUUCUGAAGUGCAAAGUUGUACGAGUAUUCCAAAUUCAUUCUUGUCAGAUUAGGUAAUACUUUAUUUUAAAAAACACAUAUUAGUUGACGAUUUUUGAGACUUUUCUUACCUAGUUUUUGACGAUUUUAGAGCCCUGGAAUGGGGAGGUUCUGAUUGUUUGGUGACAGCCGCCUACUCUGCCUCGUUGUCGUCUUCUACUGUAAGGAACGACUUGUUCAUCACCAACAUACGAACAGGACAAAAGAAGAGGCUACGACCAGAGACAGAGGAGAGUCAGAUCGAACUGCUACGUGUGUCUUACUACCAGUAAGUGUUACUUGAACUGUUACGUUCAUAUUAUUGUUUUAGUUGUUACUUGGCCGUGUCAUUCCGUCGAGAACCUCUUGAAAUCUGGGACCUCAAGUCACGAAGGCUACUUCGGAGAAUGUCGAAGAAGUGUCCGAUCAUAAUGGAUAUGGUAAGAUAUCUUGUAUUUUAAUCUACGAGCUAUUUCAUAACUAUAUGCCACAAUUUUAAAUUUUAAUUUUCAGAACUGGUUUGCGAGACACACGAAGACUCCUUCAACCUCAAAUGUGAUCAGAGAAAACCUCGUGGUGAUGGAUGUUGACAACCACCUCUACCACGUUGUUGUCAAAGGACUGCAUGUAAAGGAUGGGAAGGAAGUGAACACGGAAUGGUCUAAGAACUCUGCCCCACUGACUAGAGUCGUCUGGAAGGAUGACUACCUUGUGUUUGGAGAUACGAUGGGCUUCCUGAGGAUCUGGGACUUGGGGAAGAAGAAAAACCGAGAAAUCAAGGAUUCUAACCAGAACAAAGGCUCCGUCCUCAGAAUGGUGUUCUCAUCGUUGGCUGGGGACUACACUCUGUCAGUGCUUCACCAGAGCUACAUAGCUGUGUGGGAUGUGGAGAGUCUACAGUUACUUCAGAGGAUCGAGAUGAACGGAUUAGUGAUGUUAGAUGUGGAUAUGAGCGGCGUUACUCCGGUGUACAUGACAUCAGCUGGGUCGAUGCAUUACGGAGCUCAUGGAGAACAUCUCUGCGCUCCAAUUCCAGAAAAUGGCAUGUAAUUUGAAUUAAUGUUUAUUAUUAUAUCAUUUGAGGUUGUGAUUGUAAAUAGUUUUAGACAUUUCCCCAACCACCAAGUCGUAUAUGAACAUAGACUCAGUUGAUGUCCCUUCCCUUCACCCAGCCUUGAAACAUGUUUCACUUUGUCAUAGGCUACAAGAGGGGACCUUGAAUGAUCUUCCCACCUACUUGAACUUCUUGUGGUCUUCUGAUAUGAGUAAAGUAAGAUUUCAUGGUUAAAAAGUAAUUUUGUCACUAUUUUUGGUAUACACACUUUGAUUUCAGAAGUUGCUUCUGUUUGAUGUGGGAUUGUUGCUGGAAAGAGAAGAUUCAGAAGAUGUCGUCAACUACAUCGUGGAGAAUGCUAUCGUCUUGAAAAAGGUUUGAAUUUUGACGUUUUAUGCCGGUAAUACAGACAUUACUAUUUUUUAAAAAAUUUUUACAAAAUUUCGUUUAGAAAACUUAAAUUACUGUAACAUUUCAGAACGACUGGGCGACUUCUUUACUAUUGGACAAGAGCAGCAAACCAGGAGAUCCAGAUGCCUUAUCGAACGCAUUCAAAGCGUGCCUGAUCUCAGCUGACGUUAGCAAAGAAGAGAGUCGAUGUCUGAUCAAGAUGGUGGCCACGAACCUGAUUGCUUCAGGCAAGAUCUCUGGUAGGUGUAUUUGAUUACUUUCUAUGUUGUUUAAACUUUUGAUUAUUAUCAUCUGAAUAUUGAAUUUACUGUUUUAUGUUAAUUUGUGCCAAAUUACAGAAGGAGUUCAGUUACUGUACUUGAUCGACCAAAAGGAAGAAGCCUGCAAGUACCUCAUGUCUCAAGGAUUCUUCGACAAAGCGUACAAGUACUUGAAGGUAAGUGAGUUAAAGCAAUACAGAAAGACUAACUUGGUGUUUAGUUGGACGAGAACUGCGAACAAGAGUGUCUAUCCAAAUGUUUAUACAAGAAGAGGAUGUUGAUGAUAACACCUAAGGUAAGUUAAGUACAAUAGAUUACCAAAAUACAUUGAAGAUGGCCGAGUUUAUGUUACACGCCUCCAAAAGCGACUGGUCGAAAUGCACGGAGCAGUUGAGGAGCCUUAAACUCGACCGUUUCGUGGACAAGAUGGGGUUUCCUGAUGAGAUCACUACUACUAUAAUAUAA